UUCUUUAUUUUUAUUGUACGUUUUAAAUUAAAAUAAUACUUUAUCAUAUUUAUUUUGGCUGGAUGGUAUGAAUAGGGAUAAUGGCCUGAGCUAGUCGACAAUUUCACCAAUGUAUUGUGUUAUGCUCAUUUUUCUUUCAUAGAUUCAUGUUUCGUUCUUUUGUGUCUUUAUGAAUCAAUUCUUGUUAAUUAGUUUCUUUUAGUGUUCUCUCUUGGGUUCAUUGAUCUUCUCAGUUUGUUGGUUUAAAUAACUAUUGCUGGGUCAGAAGUUAAUGACAAAAACAACAGCUCCCACACGUUUCAUUUUCGUAAUAUUUGAUUUCAGGAAUUUAGCUAGUCCUAUAAACUAGAAUUUCUUGUCAGAUUCUUGGUUGCUGUGAGGGUUGAGUUGGGUUUCUGAUUUGAUUACUAAAUUUCGAAUCUUUUUGUUGUUCUCAGCCUUGGUUGGUAGCUGAAAAGGAUAAAAUCAAAUUCUAUUUUAGAAUUAGAAACUUCCUGGGGAUUCUUUAGUUCCCUUUGUCUUCCUCAGUUUUUUUUGUAGUCUUCUCUGUAGCAUUCUUCAGUUUCGAAUUGGGUGAGCUUUAGUAUUUUUUUUUUUUCCACUUCUCUCUUUUUCUUGUUCAAACUUUGGAUUUUGCUUAUGUUGGGUUUUACUCGACAGUCUCUGUAGAUUUGACAGUGGGUCUCUCUCUCCUUACCUAAUUCAUUUCUAGCUGGAACUUAACAAUAAGCUAGACCCACUUCUACUUUCUUCCUGUUUCAAGUUAGCUGGUGUUAACUGGUCACUUUUUUUCCUUUCUUGGAUGAGUUUGCUUCAUGUAUUUGGGUUUAGUCUAUAGGCGACCUUCUUACUGUUUCAAGUUAGCUGGAGUUAACUGGUCACUUUUUUUUCCUUUCUUGGAUGAGUUUGCUUCAUGUAUUUGGGUUUAGUCUAAAGGCGCGGGAGAACUCACUUUGGAUGCUAUGUUACUGGAAUGUUUAUGUGGUUUCCAUGAACUGGUUGAUACAUGGUUGAAUUGAAGAUACUAGGACUGGUUUUCUUGGUGAUGGUCGUAAGAUGUGGUUAGAAUGUUGGGAUAGGAUCUUGGGGAAGAGUUGGAAGAUACACAAUCUUUAUUACCAGUCUAUUGGGUCCAAGAAAGUGAGAAUAAUAUGGUGGAGAAGGAUGUUGGCGGCAUGGUUGGGUUUUUGGACUUUGACAUCUAUGUGGGUCUUUUGGUACAUGAAUGGACAAACUAAUGAAAGGAGGAAAGAAGCUCUCGCUAGUAUGUGUGAUGAGAGGGCUAGGAUGUUACAGGAUCAAUUUAAUGUGAGCAUGAAUCAUGUUCAGGCUAUGUCCAUAUUGAUCUCCACAUUCCACCAUGGCAAGAACCCGUCUGCUAUUGAUCAGAGGACUUUUGCAAGGUACACUGAAAGAACUGCUUUUGAGAGGCCUCUCACAAGUGGUGUGGCUUAUGCUGUAAGGGUGCUUCACUCUGAAAGGGAACAAUUUGAAAAGCUGCAAGGCUGGACUAUUAAGAGGAUGGAUACACUCGAACAUAAUCCAGUUCACAAGGUUGACUAUACCCCUGAAGCUUUGGAGCCAUCCCCAGUUCAAGAAGAAUAUGCUCCUGUUAUCAUUGCACAGGAUACCAUUUCGCACGUGGUUUCUCUUGAUAUGCUCUCAGGAAAAGAGGAUCGUGACAAUGUGUUGCUAGCAAGAGAAUCGGGAAAAGGAGUCUUAACCGCGCCUUUCAGGUUACUCAAAACGAACCGUCUUGGAGUUAUUUUGACAUUCGCUGUCUACAAGAGGGAUCUCCCCUCAAAUGCAACCCCAGAUGAGAGGAUUGAAGCAACUGAUGGGUAUCUUGGUGGAGUCUUUGACAUUGAAUCACUUGUGGAGAAAUUACUUCAACAGCUUGCAAGCAAACAAACCAUCUUAGUCAAUGUUUAUGACACUACCAGUCUGUCUCACCCAAUUAGCAUGUAUGGUUCAAAUGUAUCAAAUGAUGAGCUGGAGCAUGUUAGCUCCCUUAAUUUUGGAGAUCCCCAUAGAAAGCAUGAGAUGCGUUGCAGAUUCAAGCAGAAAGCACCGUGGCCAUGGCUAGCAAUAACAACUUCUGUUGCCAUCAUUGUGAUUGCAUCUCUUGUUGGACAAAUAUUCUAUGCAACUGUCAGUCGAAUUGUCAAAGUUGAAGAAGAUUAUAAAGAGAUGAUAGAACUCAAAAAAAAGGCUGAGGCAGCUGAUGUUGCAAAGUCACAGUUCCUUGCUACUGUUUCCCAUGAGAUCAGAACCCCAAUGAAUGGUGUUCUAGGAAUGUUGGACAUGCUUAUGGACACAGAGUUAGAUGAAACUCAACAAGAUUACGUCAGAACAGCGCAAGGCAGUGGAAGAACUCUUGUUUCUCUUAUAAAUGAGGUUUUGGAUCAAGCCAAGGUUGAAUCUGGUAAGCUUGAGCUUGAGGAAGUGAGUUUUGAUCUGCGGGCAAUUCUGGAUGAUGUAUUAUCUCUCUUUUCUGGGAAGUCUCAGGAGAAAGGAGUAGAGUUAGAGUUGGCAGUUUAUAUCUCUGAUCGGGUUCCUGAAAUCCUAAUUGGUGAUCCAGUGAGGUUUCGACAGAUAAUCAGUAAUCUCAUGGGGAAUUCAAUCAAAUUCACAAAGGUGGGACACAUCUUUAUUACUGUCCAUCUUGUUGAGGAGGUGAUGGACUCUAAAGAAAUUGAGACUGUAUCAUCAUCAAAGGACACCUUAAGUGGCAAUCCUGUUGCAGAUAGACGCCGCAGCUGGGAAGGAUUUAGGGCUUUCAAUCUAGAUGGAUCCACUUGUUCUUUCAAACCAUCAUCUUCUGAGGUCAUCAAUCUAAUUGUGUCAGUUGAAGAUACAGGAGAAGGAAUCCCUCUGGAAUCCCAAUCUCGUAUUUUCACCCCUUUUAUGCAGGUUGGUCCAUCAAUUUCCCGAUUACAUGGAGGUACAGGAAUUGGGCUUAGCAUAAGUAAGUAUUUGGUUAGCCGCAUGAAUGGGGAGAUUGGAUUUGUUAGCGUUCCGGAAGUCGGGUCAACUUUUACAUUUACUGCUGUCUUAGGCAAUGGUUCCUCUAAUUCAAAUGAGCAACAGAGCCAGCAAAUGAAUGGUCAGUCUAACUCUCUGUCCUCAGAACUUAAAGGCAUGACAGCAUUGCUUGUGGACCACAGACCUGUACGGGCCAAAGUGUCAAGAUACCAUAUCCAACGUAUUGGAAUUCAUGUUGAAGUAGUUUCUGAUUUGAAUGAUGGUAUAUUUUGCAUAGGCAGUGGGAAUAUGGUUGUCGAUGUGGUCCUUGUUGAACAAGAAGUUUGGGAGAGGGAUGCAAGUAUUUCAACCCUCUUUACUAAUGAAUUGAGAAAAUUUGAUCAUGGGACUCCAAAAUUGUUCCUUCUGGCUAAACACACCAGCUCUUCCAGAAUGAAUACUACAAUUUCUGGUGUUUAUACCCCAACUGUAAUCAUGAAGCCUCUGAGGGCCAGCAAGGUUGCUGCAGAUCUUCAACGAGCCUUGGGUAUUGGGAACAGGGGCAAUCCCAUUCCAAGUCUGUCUCUUCGUAAUCUUCUUCUUGGGAGAAAAAUUCUAAUUGUGGAUGACAACAGGGUGAAUCUCAAAGUAGCAGCUGGUGCUUUGAAAAAGUAUGGGGCUGAUGUGGAAUGUGCAGAGUGCGGAAUAAAAGCAAUCAAUAUGCUUAGGCCACCUCAUCCUUUUCAUGCCUGCUUCAUGGAUAUCCAGAUGCCAGGAAUGGAUGGAUUUCAAGCUACAAGGAUUAUUAGAGAGGAGGAACACCGUUACAAUAAUUCAAUUCAUCAUGACGACAAUGUUUCAAAUUGGCAUGUACCUAUUUUGGCCAUGACUGCAGAUGUGAUCCAAGCUACACACGAGGAAUGCCUAAAGUGUGGGAUGGAUGGAUAUGUUUCAAAACCGUUUGAAGCUGAACAGUUAUAUCGAGAAGUUUCACGUGUUGUCCCAUUUGUUUGAGAUAGGAAUGUGUGGAGGGGAUUUCUGUUGAAGGCAUAUGGAUAACAUUAGCACAAGGCACCUGUUCUCCCGGAUGCUUUUGUUGCUUAAAUGUGUUCAGAGUUCUUUCCAAGAGAAAAUACGUUUCAUAGCAGACUCUGUAUAUAGAAGCAAUGCUUGAUUGAGUUUUUAUUGAUUGGUCAAGAGCAAGAUAACAAAAGCAGUACAGUUUCUAUAUAUACUCGAUGUUAUCUUCAGACCUUUUCAUUAGUUACUGUAAUAUGAGAUUGCUGUGCAUAAUUGAAACCAUCUGAUAGGACAUUAGAUUAGUUAAGAAUUACAACUACUUUAGAAUGGAUAGAAAGAAAUCUUAAUUAAUUCAGGACUGUAUUUAGAAGUAGGAACUAUGCAGUUAUUCCGCUGUCUUCCCCCGUUCAACAAUAAAAAUUGCAGCAAUUUCAAGAGAUCUUCUGGCGCUCUCGGCUGAAAACGUGUGUAUGAAAGGGAUUGAUUCAGUAGAAAGAAUUGAAGAAGGCUUCUUAUCAUCAACCAAGGGGAGAAUGCGCCAUGUACAUUAUUAAGACAUCAAUAAAGAUUAUUAUUGUGUAAUUAUAGUCUCCAUUGUUACCAUAUUAAUGUUGUAAAUUUUCAUUGCCAAGAUCUUGGUGUGGUAGGUAUAAUUGAUAUGACCAUUACAGUGACAGUGUAAUCAAAUUUGAGUAAUUCUGUGAUUAUUUUUUUUUCUGAUUUGUACA